ACUCUGUUUAUUUUGGUAAUGCCAAAUUUGGAGUGUUUUGGAGCGCCGAGCGCGACGUGUGUUGUUGCUGCUGCGUUGUGUGCGUAGGAUUGCCGUAGUCGUCGCCAACAUCCGCUUCUCGAUCUAGGCCGUAGCCGUUCAUUUCCGUUCGCUCGCUGCCCGUGCACUCGCCGCCGAAAUGGAAGACAUAUUUCAAUGGUGCCGUGAAGGCGUUGCUAUGCAGGUUCGGGUCUGGCUCGACGACACCGAACACGAUAUGAAUCAAGGCGAUGACCACGGGUUUAGCCCGUUGCACUGGGCGGCCAAGGAAGGCCACUUGAAAGUCGUCGAGAUGCUUGUGCAGAGAGGUGCCCGCAUUAACUCCACGAACCGAGGUGACGACACGCCUUUGCAUUUGGCAGCAGCGCACGGCCAUCAUGAAAUUGUGCAUUUAUUGUUGAAAAAUCGUGCUGAUAUUAAUUUUACUAAUGAACAUGGUAACACUCCAUUGCACUAUGCUUGUUUCUGGGGUUAUGAAGCAAUUGCCGAGGAACUUAUUGAAAAUGGGGCACUAGCAGCUGUAGCCAAUAAAGAUGGCGAUACUCCUUUAGAUAAAGGAAAAGGACCAAUCGUAAAACACCUUAAAGAUUUGGCGUUACAGUCUGGACAAGAUCUAACUAAAAUCAUUUUUAAAGAUCAAAGUUGGUUAGGUUUGAAGACAAGGAGCCGUGAUGCUACAUUAUCACGCCAUAAAGGAAUUAAUUUAAGUGAUCUGUACUUACAUACCAAAAUGGCUACCUCGCCUAGUGGAGAAACAUGGCGUGGACAUUGGCAGAAAAAUGAUAUUGUUGCUAAAGUGUUAGCUGUUCGACAAUGUACUCCUCGAAUUUCAAGAGACUUCAAUGAAGAAUUUCCAAAACUCAGAAUAUUUUCGCAUCCGAAUGUACUCCCAGUGAUUGGAUGUUGUAACUCUCCUCCAAAUUUGGUGGUUAUUAGUCAAUAUAUGCCAUGGGGAUCACUUUAUAAUUUAUUGCAUGAAGGAGCUAGAGUUACCGUGGAUACUGCUUUGGCCCUUAGACUUGCUGUAGAUGUUGCUAGAGCUAUGGCAUUUUUGCAUAGUCUAGAAAGAAUUAUACCACAGUUUCAUUUGAACAGUCAUCAUAUUAUGAUCGAUGAGGAUCUUACAGCUAAGAUAAAUAUGGCAGAUGCUAAAUUUUCAUUCCAAGAAAAAGCAAGGGUUUACUAUCCAGGAUGGAUGUCUCCAGAAGCUUUACAAAAAAAGCAAAGUGAAACGAACUCCGAAGCGUGUGACAUGUGGAGUUUUGCAAUUCUUUUAUGGGAAUUAGCUACUAGGGAAGUUCCAUUUUCUCAUUUGUCACCAAUGGAAAUAGGAAUGAAGGUGGCUUUGGAAGGUUUAAGAGUGUCUAUUCCAUUAGACAUUUCACCACAUCUCACUAAACUGAUUAAGAUAUGCAUGAAUGAGGAUCCAGGCAAGAGGCCUACUUUUGACAUGGUGCUUCCGAUUUUGGAUAAAAUGAAAAGAUAAUAAAAAAAAUAAAAAUCUAAGUACCACAAGUAAAAUAAAAAUCUUAAUUUAAUAAAGAUAAU